AUGAAGCACACGCUAUACGAUCGCAUCUGGCGGAGGGAAGCCGGGGAAGCAUCGCCUUAUGCUGGUAUCCGUGGACUCUAUGGGUCGAAAGAAUGGAUGAACGAUCUGGACAUUGUGAAUGAAUUGGGCGGGCAUACUGGUUGUGUCAAUGCUUUGGCCUGGUCGGGUUCUGGACGCUUGUUGGCCUCGGGUUCCGAUGAUCUGCAUCUCAACUUGUACUCUUACCAACCAGACUCGUCUUCCGCGCCGUUCUCUUUGAAUACGACUAUUCUCACUGGCCACAAAGCGAACAUCUUCUCUGUCAAGUUUAUGCCGCAUUCCAAUGACCGGACCCUGAUAACGUGUGCGGGUGAUUCGCAGGUGCGCAUCUUCGACAUUGAAUAUUCCAACAAUAGCAACAAUGCCGCGGCCACAACGGCUUUUUCUAAUUCUACCCGUAGUCGACGCCUGUAUAAUUUCUUCACCGGUACGCGUUAUCUGACUGCAGGCAAUACCAAUACUAGGGUCUACCGGAGUCACGCAGAUCGCGUCAAGCGCAUCGUCACCGAGUCGUCUCCACAUCUGUUCCUCACCUGCUCCGAAGAUGGCGAAGUUCGUCAAUGGGAUUUGCGCCAGCCCUCUUCCGCGUAUCCUUCACCGCGAGGGGGGCAGGGAUUCAUGGCUUAUCGACCUGGAGUGGACCAUGAUGACUCCAACGUUCCUCCUCCGUUGAUCUCCUAUAAGCGCCACCGUCUUGAUCUCAAUACGAUUUCUUGCUCCUCUAGUCAACCUCAUUACAUCGCACUGGGCGGUGCUCACCUUCACUGUUUCCUUCACGACAGACGCAUGCUUGGGCGCGAUCGUAGCGCUGAGAUGGGAAGUCCUGGUAUUUCCCCUGUUAGUGGCGGCAGCAGUAGCCGUGACGACGAGAUGAUGAGCCAGGCGACCCAGUGUGUUCGGAGGUUUGCGCCGCAAGGCAGGAGACGAAUGGCUGACAAUGAUAAUGGACAUAUCACCGCUUGCAAAAUCAGCGAUGCCAACCCGAACGAAAUGGUCGUCAGCUGGUCUGGUGACCACAUUUACAGUUUUGAUCUAAUCCACAGUCCUGAUGCCAGAGAUUCCUCUUCGUCCCGUCAAAAGUCUACUCGAGCAAGUCCCGAAUCGCGUAAACGGGCUGGUUCCAAGAACAAGAAGCGUAAGCGCCCACAGCCAGUUACAUCCGCAUCGACAUCGUCGCAGGAAAGUGGCAAUAGGCAUCAGUCUCGUCUCAGAUCAGGAACUGCAGAGCAGGGUGACCCGGACAGCGAACUAGCUUUCAGAGUUCGCUAUGGAAAUGGGGAGUCUGAGGAUAUCCCAUUCGAGACUCUGUCAGAAACCUUAUCGGACGCACCGGAGAACAUGAUCGAAAGGGCUAGAUAUUCCGUGCUCAAUGAAGCGCAGCGGUUGAGUAUGCGGAUUGCCCAGGGCCUGGUAAAGCUCCGGAGUGCUCUCUUUUCACUCGAGACAACAGUCCGUGGAGAAACUGAUAAUGAGGAAACCGGUUUAACCCCUUAUACUUCGUCCUUCUCGUCCGUUCUUACACUAGCGUCGUCUUUCCUACCUAGCAUGGGAGAAAUCAUUCUCACAUGGCGUUAUCCUUUGAAUCCUAGUCCCGAAACCGUGGCUUUCCAAACAACACUUCGCCGAAAUCGAGAAGAGGCCUGGAGAUUCGCUCAAGCUGCUGGCACGGUUGCCCGUGUUCUGGGAGGUGAGAUCGAAGGUCCCCCCGAAGAUGCGGGUUCCGACAUCGAUAUGUUCUUAAAGAUUAUGCCUGCACAUGGGGAAAAUGAUAGCAUCGACACAGCGGCACAGUUUUGUUAUGACUUUCUGCGAGCCAUCUUGCUUUGGGUAGAAGGAGGACGAGCGGCUCUGCUAUCUGGCUUCAAGCGCAGCCCCACUCAUCGACGCAAUCAUGCGCGAUUCCCGGUACCAGAGUCGGCUGAUGAACGCGCCAUCGAAACGGAUCUAAUUCCUUAUCUUCAAAGUCUAGCGGGUGAUACGGCUGUGGUGAAUGUUGAUGCUUCUCGAUUCGAGCACGACAGCACUCGAAUCGUGUUUCAAACCCAAUUUGCAGCUGUGACCGCUUUUGCGAAUGCCGUCAAGUUGCCGCUGGAGGAUUUGAAUAACUCUGCAGCACGGGUUGAUGCCCAGCAUGGCAUGCCUAAUCCAGCUAAUGUCCGUGCCCUCGAUAGGUCUGCGGCAACCCGAUUCUGGGCGCUGAAGGUGGGGCGCGGAAUCCUGAUGGAGGCAGGUACUAGGGUCAAUUAUGCAUUUGUCAACCAGGCCUUCGGUGGAUUGCGGGCGACCGUCGAGGACGACUUUGAUAGUGAGGUCGGGCAGGAAAGAUCUCAGGAGGAUAUCGAUGGCAAUGUUGAGGAGGAACGCAUUCAGAAUUUCAAGGUGGUAUCCAGUGGCUCUGCAAGCAGAAAGAACCGACUGGACACUGAGUUUGAGCCAGCCGAUAUUGAAGCUGAUUCGGAAGAUCGGGACGAUGAGAACGAAAACGAAUUUGGUGUUGACGAGGAUGAAGAGGACGAAGAUGACGAUGACGGUCCUGAGAUGAGCCUCGAACAAUCGACCGACGAAGAUGACGAUGACGGUCCUGAGAUGAGCCUCGAACAAUCGACCGACGAUGAUGACGUGGACGCUGAGGAGCACUUGAUCAGACGUUAUGGCUUCCAAAGAACCCGGAGAGAGGACGUUGAUCUCGAAGCCCCUUGCUCUUCGCACACGAAAGUCUAUCGGGGACAUUGCAAUAUCAAGACGGUCAAGGACGUCAACUUUUAUGGCCUGAAUGAUGAAUACGUGGUGAGUGGAUGUGAUUCGGGCAAUAUCUUCAUCUGGGAUCGGAAAACGGCCGAUUUGGUCAAUAUCCUUGAAGCGGAUAGUGAAGUCGUCAAUGUUGUGCAAGGCCAUCCUUAUGAGCCCACCAUUGCGGCUUCCGGAAUCGACAAUACUAUCAAGAUCUUCUCACCGGACCAACACGCCCAAGAAAAUGCUCGCCGUGGAAUCAACAUCUUGGAUCCUGAUAAUCCAGCGAAUACCCUUGGGCGGGGUGCUGCAGUUAUCGGUGGCUUGAAAAGUCGCAAACGUAUUCAAGAUAGUUACAAGAUCAUGAGCCAGAAUGAUGUUGACCGACAAGGGGGAAUGAGUGAGGCAUUCAUCACGAGGAGUAUGCUGGCUCAACUUGCUGCCAAUUUGAGAGACCGAAACGCCGGAGCUCAGGCUGCCGGUGCUAAUGGAGGAGAUGAAGGUCGUACUAUUGUGUUGGAUGAGGAUUGCACCGUGAUGUAA